AUGGAAAAUUCUUCCUUAGUAGCAGUAUCUUUGUUAGAUAACUUCAGUAACAGAUUAGCAAAUUAUUUCAAGAGCAUAGGAUACAAAAAAGGUGAUUCCGUGGCGCUGUUACUGGAAAACAGACCAGAAUACUUGGGAAUAUGGUUGGGAUUAUCAAAAAUUGGCGUGAUUGCAGCUCUAAUAAAUACCAAUCUUGUUUCUGAUAGCUUGGUGCAUUCCAUUUUCGCUUCUAAAAACAAAGGACUCAUAUUUGGAAGCAGUUUUUCAGAAAUAAUAAGGCAGAUAAGUGAAGAAAUAAGAACAAUAAACUUAUACGAGUUCAAAGAUGAUGAUAAUAUACAGAAAUUAUACAAUGCAAGAGCAAUCGACUUGAAGCAAAAACUGCAAGAAUCAUUGUGCAUAGUGCCACCUGAAUUAUCCGAGACAGAAACUCAAGAUAGCCUCCUUUACAUUUAUACUUCCGGAACUACAGGUUUACCAAAAGCUGCCAUCAUUCGACACAGCAGAUACAUGCUAGCUUCGGGAGCGCUAUUUUAUCUGACUGGCCUCAAUCGAGAAACAGACAUACUCUAUAAUGCGCUGCCUUUAUAUCAUAGCGCAGGUGGUAUGCUGGCUGCAGGAGUGAGCUUACUUUUUGGCACACCGGUUGUACUCAAGAGAAAGUUUUCGGCGAGUAACUUUUGGAUGGAUUGCGAAAAGUAUAAUUGUACAGUUGCCAUUUAUAUCGGAGAAAUAUGCAGAUACCUUUUGGCAGCUCACAAACCCGAUAUGAAGCUCAACCAUAAAGUAAAGAAAGUCUGUGGUAAUGGUUUAAAACCUCAAAUUUGGCAACAAUUCAAAAACACAUUCGGGAUUGAAGAAAUUUACGAAUUUUAUGGGGCUACAGAGGGAAAUGCGCAAAUGGUUAAUAUAGAUGGCAGAGUUGGGGCUGUUGGAUUUGUUCCAGUAUUAGGUAGAUGGAUAAUGGGCCCAAUAAUCAUACAGUGCGAUGAAAAUACUGGCGAACCUAUUAGAACCAAAGGAGGAUUAUGUAAAAGAUGUAAAGUUGGAGAACCAGGACUCUUGGUGGGGAAAAUCAAUCAAAAGCAGCUAAUCAAAGCGUUUGUGGGAUAUGCUGAUAGCCAGGCCACAAAAACGAAAAUUUUGCAAAAUAUUCUGGUUGAAGGAGACGCUUAUUUCAAUACAGGAGAUAUUCUAGUCGAAGACGAGCUAGGAUAUUUGUACUUUCGGGAUCGUACCGGAGAUACUUUCAGAUGGAAAGGAGAAAAUGUGGCCACUUGCGAAGUCGAAGCCAUCAUUAGUAACUUUACAGGAUACAAUGACGCUAUCGUUUAUGGCGUUGAGGUUCCAGGUUCCGAUGGCAAAGCAGGAAUGGCAGCCAUAGUAGACCCUGAAGACAAGUUGAAUAUAAAAGAAUUGGCACAAGGCUUAAAAUCAAAAUUGCCUAGUUACGCAGUUCCAGUUUUUGUACGAGUGGUUAAGUCUGUGCCACUAACGGGUACAUUCAAAUUGAAAAAGGUCGGCUUACAAAAGGAAGGCUUCAAUGUACACAAAAUUGAAGAUGGAUCUCUUUAUGUGUUGUAUGCAAAAAACUCAGAAUAUCAACCAUUGACAUCUAAUAUCUACAGUGAUAUUGUUAAUGGUGAAAUGAGGUUGUGA